UCCUUCGCAAUGAUAUUAUCGUCAAAAUUCCUGUCACUGAAAACCCCUCAAAUUUAAAAUGUGAAAUUAGCAUGGAUUCCACACAACCAGAAAUCGAUAUUUGUAUCGUGGGUGCCGGUCUCUCGGGGCUGACAGCGGCCUAUAAAAUCCUAUCCAAAGAAUCCACGUUGAAAGUCAUAAUUCUAGAAGGUGGUGACAAAAUCGGUGGAGAGCUGCAGAGUUCGUCCCUUGGUGAACUAGGAGGAAAGUGGAUAACCCCCGAUCAGUAUCAUGUUUAUGACCUGUGCAGAAAGUUAAACGUUCCAAUAACGCGAAGGGAAAAACCACCCCCAAAUUUGCAAAGGUCAUGGGAGAUUGAUAGAGGCUUUUAUGGAGCCCUAGCAAGAUUCGAGGUCCAAAGAUUGAUUGGAAGGAUUAACUUGUUAUCGGCUCAGUUUUAUCCUGGAGCAUUCAAGCUGUCGAAAGAUGAUAUCACCAUGGAAGACUUCAUCAGCUCGCAACUUUUAUUUGAGCAGUCCCGGCAGUUCAUGCGUUGCUUCAUUCGCUUCAUAGCGGGCGUAGAAGCAACUGAUAUUUCCUACUCCGAAUUCAUGAGCAUAUGUGAGGGUAGUGGGGAUUUGUCGGAGUUGAUUGCUUUGCUCACCGGGACAUCAAGUAUGACGCUAGAGUUUUCCUCUGAACAACUGUUGAGCAAGCUUGAAAAGGAAAUUGGUUCUUACUAUAUAUUCCUGAAAUCCAACGUGACCGAAGUUGUGCACUAUGUGAACUACGCACUUGUCCGUGAUGACAGAAAUAACGUUUUCCGAACCAAUGUUUUAAUAAUAGCGGUCCCGUGGCAAAUUUCCCAGCGCAUUGUCUUCUAUCCACCUAUUCCACAGGAACUGCGGACACCCUUGUUCGAGAGCAAAUAUAUGAUGUCAUCCUUCCUUAUUCAGUAUCCCGAAAACCACUGGCGUAAAAAGGGCUUUUCGGGUAGCUUAAUUCUACACAAUCCCCACAUGAUUUGCUACGAAUAUCGUCCCAAUGUGUAUGGCGGACUAGUAGCACACGAAGAGGACUUCGAUAAAAUUCUGCAACCUGUGAUCCUGAAUCGUCUAUCGCAAGUGUUCGGUGCUGAAAUGGGCAUUCCAGCAAAGUGGCUACAGAAAACCUGGGAACAGCCGGCAGUCCUGAAUUUGCCAACGACAACUCCAUGGAAUCAUAUAAUUUGGGGAUCGACGACAGCAGCCACAUCGUACAGGGGCUGUUUGAGUGGUGCAGUUCAAAGUGGUUACCGAUCAGCCGUGCAUGCCCUUUUAAUCCUGCGUCCACAGAACAUUGGAUGGCAAGAUAUCAAUGAAAUCGGGAAAGCUGCUGCAGUUCGGCCACGACACAGCUCUUUGAAGUUAUUCUUGAGUUCUUUGAAUUUGUAUAAUACUUCGGUAUAUGCAGGAGUGGCAGGAAUGGUAUAUGUAAGCUACAAAUUACUGAAGGGUGUGAAGCGGUCAUACUUCGGUUGAAACUGAAAAGGACGUUUUAUAAAGUUCAUUUUUACUGAAGCAACAUUUUUGUUUCCCUAAAUAAAGUCAAGAGGAUUUCA